UGAUUUUUCUAAAAAGCUUGUGUAAACAAAAUAAAUUUGGCAAACAUGAACGAAAUCUUGAAAGCCUUAAAAGAAGAACAGAAUAGAAAGAGAAAAUUUCUGGAGGAAAAGAACCUAGUGGAUGGCACGAAGAAAUACUUCAAGCGGGGAGAGCUUCUCGCACUGGAAGAAAAGGAAUAUCUCGAAAAAAGUGGCUAUAACAAUACUAACGGUGUAGCCAGCAGCGGGGCGGCUGCUAAAGAUGGUGAAAGUUCGACAGGCGAUGAUCCCAAGUAUGAUAUACGAAAACUACCCCGCUCGGAAGUGAUUAGAAAGCUUCGGGAACGCGGCGAACCGAUUCUACUGUUUGGCGAGACGGAAAAGGAAUCAUGCUACCGCCUGCAUCAGCUGGAAAUAUCUGCGCCGGAGAUCAACCGUGGCUUCCGAAACGACUUCCAGGAAGCGAUGGAACAGGUGGACGAAGCGUACCUCAACGAGAUUCUUAGCUCGAACGGACAGGAACCUGCAUUAGGAAAGCCCAAAAAAUCCAACGAGGAUUACGCCAUCGACGACAGUGUGACAUACGAAUCGAUACAGGAAAUGGCGGUGCGGUUGGGACGCAGCGGGAAAGAUCACGACUGCCAUGUGAUAAUGACGCUCAUACAGUUCCUGCUGAAGAUGUGGAACGAUCAACUUAGUUCUGCGACGGCGGCGGAAAGGAUGGCCACCAAGGGGAAAAUAGCACGGGCCACUUUCGAGCAGACGCGUCUGUACCUCAAACCGCUACUCCGCAAGCUCAAGAACAAGACCAUUCCCGAGGAUAUUUUGGAUAGCUUGACGGAUAUAACGAAAAGUUUGCUUAAACGAGACUACAUACAUGCGAGCGAUGCGUACCUUACGAUGGCAAUCGGCAAUGCGCCAUGGCCGAUCGGUGUCACCAUGGUGGGUAUCCAUGCCCGUACGGGUCGUGAAAAGAUUUUUUCCAAAAAUGUGGCCCACGUCAUGAACGAUGAAACGCAGCGAAAAUACAUUCAGGGAUUGAAACGAUUGAUGACAAGAAUGCAGGAAUAUUUCCCUACCGAUCCUUCGAGAUGUGUCGAGUAUGUGAGCAAAAAGGAUAUGCAAGAUUGAAAGAUAGGUUAAGGAUAUUUUUUAAUGAUUUUAAUUGUUAAGUCCCAUUUCUGAUAACACGUUUCCUGAACAGUACUUCAAUAAAAAAAUACUAUCAAAUUAUA